AUGAUUAUCCCAAUUCGCUGCUUUUCCUGUGGCAAGGUUACUGGUGACCUUUGGGAGAAGUUUGUUAAGCUUAUUGAGGAGGAAGGUCUCAGUGAUGGAGAUGCUCUUGACCAACUCGGCUGCAAGCGGUACUGCUGCCGGCGUAUGGUCAUGACCCAUGUUGACCUCAUUGAAAAACUCCUGAAAUAUACUCCUGACGGCCGGAACUACAAGAAGAUCCAGAUGCAGAUCCGCGCCCAGGAAGAGUCUCAGACGGCUUCCCAGUCAUGA